UCGAAUCCGAGUAGAAGAGAUUCUUUUUUUAUUCCUUUAAUUUAUAUGGUUGUUCUAAUCGAAAAUUAUGUCGUCGCCGAAGCCACGGAAACCACGAAAGCUGUGGAAGCGAAGAAUGUCGAAGAGAGAGGACAGGAAAUCGACAUUAGUUCAGUCGUUCACGACAAAAUGGUUAUCCAAUCAUAUUUAUGAAACAAGAUCGAAGAGCACCCGCAUCAUUGAAACGCAAACGCUUAUGUCAGAGCCUUCGACGCUGUCGAGAAGAUCAUCAAAGAGCAGUGUCAUUUGCUUAGGAUCGUUCAGGAAAGUCCCGGAAUUAGUGAAUCUGGAAGACAGCAGCGACGACUGCGAGAUCGUCAAAAUGGCGACCUUAGCUCAAUCGGAAAUUAAAAAGUGGAACCAGAAUGUACGCUAA